UUUUAAAAACUAAUCAGUCACAUAAUACUUCAAAUAGUUUUGUAAUUGAAAAGUAAAAGGAAAUUAAAUAUAUUAUUUACUUUAAGACCAACAUUAAUGUAAAAUUUUAAUUCAUAACAAUUAUAUUGUUUGUUGAUUCCUUCUGUGGCGAAUUGUAAAUGGUGUUGGAUAUGGGUCUUGUCGAGUAGUGUUGGGGGACAGUAUUCGCCUUGAAGAAGAUAUAUCAUUAGUUUCCAGAUUUAAUUGUAAUUCAAAGUGCAGUGGUUUUGUAAAAUGAAUUGAUAAAUAUAAUCACGUCUUAUCAAUUAGUUGAAGUGUGUUGAUUGAUUUUAGUUCUAUUGGUGUAUAUUCAGAAAACUAUAAUCCUAACCUUAUUUUAUUUGGCCAAGGACAAACAGUCCUAUUUGUUCUAGUAUUUAGGAUAUUAGUUUUUAUUACUUAACAGAUAAAAUGGAAGCCAGUGCUAAACACGAUUUUAAUGCUACAGCAGAUGAUGAACUAAGUUUCAGAAAAGGUCAAGUCUUGAAGAUUUUAAACAUGGAAGAUGACAUGAACUGGUAUAGAGCAGAACUUGAUGGGAAAGAGGGACUGAUUCCUAGUAACUACAUUGAAAUGAAAAACCAUGAUUGGUACUAUGGCAGAAUCACAAGGGCGGAUGCUGAGAAGUUGCUGCUAAACAAACAUGAGGGCGCUUUUCUCAUAAGAGUUAGCGAGAGUUCGCCUGGGGAUUUUUCGCUUUCUGUCAAGUGCAGUGACGGUGUCCAACACUUCAAGGUGCUGAGGGACGCUCAGGGCAAGUUCUUCCUAUGGGUGGUGAAGUUCAACAGCCUCAAUGAGCUGGUGGAGUAUCACAGGACAGCAUCUGUAUCACGCUCCCAGGACGUCAAGCUGAGAGACAUGUGUUUGGUACAAGCGCUGUAUGACUUCACGCCACAAGAGCCGGGAGAGCUGGAGUUCCGACGAGGAGACGUUAUCACGGUGACAGACCGCACGGACCAGCACUGGUGGCACGGAGAAAUAGGAACAAGAAAGGGACUCUUCCCCGCCACAUACGUCACACCCUACCACUCCUAGACCGGACAGCAGAGAUGACAAGACCAAGUGGGCUUCCUGUUGUGGAUGCAGUGCCUCCAAACUGUGUCACGUGAGAUCCUGAGAUGAACACAUCUUCGCCAAACCUUCACAUUACAAACCUAUCCUACUUUUACCCUCUUUAGUUAAGCGAUAUUUUAUUUAUAUUCCUGUUUCAUGUGUUUCCUGCUCACAUAAAAUAGUUUUAUUGUUAUUUUCAAGGUGUCUUACAUAUCGAGAUAUGACUAAUUUAAGAUAUGAAGUAAAAUUUACUUUAAGUGAUAUGAAGUAAAAUUUCUGAAUGUAUAGAUAAAUAUUUAUCUUAUAGCCUUAACUAAUUAAAGUAAUACUGUUUUAGAAUGGUAACACUUAGUUUUGAAGCAGUAUUUACAGUUGGAAAGCGCCGGUGAAAUUGAGAGUAUUUUUAUAAUAUUGUCCUGAAAGGAUCUAAACAAUUGCCUUUCAUUUCUCAAAGACUGGCAAGAGAGUAUAUGUUGUUCUUAUUAUUACUAUGGUGGCAUCCAUUGAGAGUUUAGUAUAAUUUGUUGACACAUUUUAAAAUAAGUUAAAGUGUCAUGUUAGUUUGACUUUUUUUACAAAAAAGUAGUGUUGUAAAAUUAUAAAGUGUUUUUAAAAUGUUGGAAGGAUUUAAAUUAUUCAUUUAUUCAGCAGAAGAUUAAUUAUAGUUUUAAUAAAAUACUUUUUCCUCGUGCCAGUCUUCAAAUACGUAAGCACAUAUGAACGCACCAUGAAAUAAAUAACUAAAAUUGCAUUUAUUUUCUAUAACUAUAAUAGGCAAAAAUAUACCACCUUUGUGUAAAAGUAGAUUAGAUUUAUUACUACAAUGUAGGUUUGUUAUUUUCUGCCAAAAUCCUUACGUUAGCGGGAGGGAAACCUAUAGCGAAUAGCAAUAUGUAUCUUUACUUUUGAUUUCCAUCUUGUUACCAAUGCUGAGUUUUUUGUUUAUCUGAAAAUUUAUUUGUGUUUCUUUAAUGUUAGAUUACAGUUAUUAUUAUUAUAAAUUUAAUUGUAAUUAUUAUUGUACUGUUGAUAGUUGAAGGAGUAAACAAUAUUAUGGGAUAUUUUGCUAUACGUAUAAAGUUUGUGCGUGAUGUUAGCGUAUUGAUAUUUUCUACGUUGUGCAGAAGUUGUUGUGUUUUAUGUCGGUGCUUUUAAUACCGACAGUUGAAGUCUGAUAUUUUAAAACUUAAUUUUAUCAAUAGAGUAAGUGUAAAUUGUGGAGUAAUCUUUGAUGGUUUUACUUUGUAUUUGCAAUAUGAAGUUAUUGUACUAAAUGAUAUUUUGAUAUAUAAUAUUUUAAAUUCUAUACUGCCUUUUUGAUACUGAAGGACACACCUGUUCAUUUUGUGAGUCAACUUAAGAUUGCUUUAGUUUGCACUAAAGUUGCUAGGUCCAUAGAGGCAGUGCCAUGACGUGAGCCUUUUAUGCCAACCAAAGUAGUGCCGUUCUAUUCAUUUCUCUUUUCUAAACUUUUUUCACAAAUUUAUUCUCUCAGGCUAUGAUAUUGGUAAACUUUUGGGAAAUAAUGAAUUGGAUUGACAAGAAUAUGAUUGUUCUUAAACAAAUUUAGUUGGCUGUUUGGUUUUGUGUCAAUGAGGGAUUCAGUAUGUACGUUUGUUUCAACCAGGGCCAGUUUUCCAUUUUAAAACGUUAACAACUGUGCCAUGAAAAUUAAGUUCAAAAUUGGUAUUAGAGGUGUCAAUUUCUUGCUAGAUUUGCGACCAAUCUCAUCAAGAGAGUGAAAUUGCUUGUUUUAAUAAUUAUAAUCCUACAAAAAUUAAUUUUUUACUUAUACUCUAUUAGUUAAGUAGAACAUAGUGUUACUAAGCAAUUUUUUUGACACCUUUGUGUUGUAAAAAAUAGGGCUUUAAAGAUGAAGGCAGGAAUAAGGUAAUAAACAGUUUACUGUAGUAGGAUGAAAAACUCUGAUAUUAAAUAGAAAGGGAUGGAAUGAAAUAGUUUGGAUAUGUAAGGAAGAUUAAGGAUGCAGAAAAAAAUAGAAGAGUAAAAGUGAGAGUUAGAGUAAGGAGAAAGAUGUAGAUGAAUAAACAAAGGGGGUGAAGGCAUUUUUUGUGAAGAGAAAAACAUUUGUGUGAGACAAGAAUAAAGAAGGUGAUAAGAGAAAGAAUGAUGUGGAGGAAUAUAUGCAAAGAAGGCUCAAUGCAAUGAUGAAACUGGUCCCAGAAUGAUGAUAAUAAUUAUAAUAGAUAUUAUAAUUAUGAUAAAUAUUACAGAAGAAAUUAGUAAUAAAAGUUAAUAAUUCUAAUUAGUACUGCUGAAAUAUAUUUUUAGCGUAAUUAAUAUAGUUUUAUGUCUUGAUAUUAAUAUUUAAGUGUAUAAUUUUCCUUAAUUAUAUACUCUAUAUUCACUGUGUUAAAAUUGUAAACAAAGUAAAACCAUCAUUAAAUUGGUUUGUACUGUAAGCUGUCCUAUCCCUAUAAGAUGUCCGUUAGACUGAUUACGACAUCAUGUGCUGUAAAAUGCUUUGUGGUCUACUUACCUCUUGUGCAGAAAGUGCCAUUGUAACACUAUGCCUAUGCUGAUUUAUCUAUUCUCCUGUUUUUUAUCAUGCCAGAUCUUUUAUUUGUAAUUUUAAUCUCAUUGAUUACUAGAAAGGUCAGUAAAAGAAGUGAUGUCAUAUUUUCAAUAUGAAUAUUAAAUUUAAGUUACAUAAAUGUACAUUGAUGUAAGAAGCUGAAGUAUCAGGGUGCUAAGGUCUUAGAUACAAUCCGUUUGUGGGUUAUAUAAUUAUGUGUGUGCAAGUUUGUAAAAAAAUAUGAUUCAAUUAUUACUACUCCGCUCAUUUAGAUUCUUGGUGUCCUUAACAAAAUAUACAGUGAUUAUUCAAAAUGUCUUUGAAGGACAUAAAGUUGGCUAUUUAAAAAUAAAAGCCUUGAUGGCGUUAUGCAAUCUUUAUGAGCCAGGGAGUUGUGUAGAAAGACAAAGAACAGCACGAAGUGGACAGUACUGGUAGUAAGUGUUGUUAGACUUGAACCCACUCUGUAUCACUUCAGUGUUGUAAGUCUCACAGAAAUAGUCAUUUCCAUGUUCCUUUUCUCAAGGCUGUUUGAAUAGAAUCUUAAUCAAAGAUUCAUGAAAUAUCUGAAUUUGAGUCUAUUUAGUAAAGGUAUUUAUCUGGUUGUUAUGAGAAUAGAGAAAGUAAACUAAAUAAUAAAACUGGAUUCAUAUUUAGAUUUUAAUGAUAACAAUAGGUUUGACUCUAAUUUUAAAUAGAAGAUUGAUUAAAUAACUAGAUUUUAACUCCUGAAAACUAAAUAUCUGAGAGGAUCAAAGAAAAAUAUCCUUUUCUUAUGUAAUCAUAACAAACCCAUAAAAAUAUCCACAAUUUUGUGUAUAACAAUGAAAAAGUCAAGUUGGUCAGAAAUAUAUUUUUUUCUUGUAUUCACAUAGUGAGAAAACCUGCUUAUAAAUUUACUCAUGUCCUGGUCUUACAUUCUGUGGUGUAAUAAUUUAAAUAUUAAUUUAAAAUUAAUUACUGAGUCGUUUGAAGUAUAUUAUGACAUUUCACAUUGGCGUAGAAUACCUUCAGAAAAGAUGUAACAUGUUUUCUGUAUAUUAAGAGGGAGGGCUAGUCAGCUACCGGUCGAGUAUCUGAGGCUUCACUUUUAACAUGGGGCUAAGUUUCAAACUGCAUUUUAAAUAGGAAUUAAUUUCAAAUCCUUUAGUUUUUCAGGUCAGAAAUACAAACUUUUCGUGGGUGGAUCUCCGUACCCAUUGUUUAAUGAGAGAUAUUCUCUAAUCCCCAGAUGCUCCCACACUUUAUCUCCUUUUAAUUUUUAUUGAGGACAAUUGCAUCAAGCAACAUUGCUGUUCACCUAAUAUUACAUCCACCACAUGCAACUGUUUUGUGUUACUAUUCUGAUUUAGAUUGAAACAAAAAUUUUUAAGUUUCACACAGCCUUGUAGAAGAUGAACUUUAAAUUUGUUCCCUGGAAGUGUAAUAAGGAAGUUGACAUCAUGUACUAGUAUUACAAAUAAAAAUAACACACAAAUGGA